UAUUGAGCUGAGCAAUUCCAUUUCCAUCCUAGGCUCUUUUCUAUUUCUGUCACUGCUACAGCUGCUGCCACUCAUCACCUCCACCACAAACAAACAAACACGGUUCGCUGGUCGGAGAAGUGGGUAAGAUACAUGGCUGUCAGAGCGUCCUUUACCGCUUCCGGCCCUGUGUAUUGCUCGCACUGAGCGCCUGACAGAACUUUACAGCGGGAGCCUGUAACAGGCAGAGUGGCCGCCUUCCUUUAAGCUGUAGUCGUGCACAGUUUUUCCCGAUGAAGUCAAGCAUCUGCGCUUUUGUUUAGUCACGAGUCGCUAUUACCUUGCGCUAAGAAAUCCGAUUGCCAUUUUGGACAAGCCAGCCUGAAAGGAUAUACAGGAACUGGACUAUGUCACGGUGCUAUUCUGGUCUAAUAUGGGAUGUACGGAAACGCUCUCUUGGAUUGAGUGAGCCCGAUGUGGUCCGUAGCAACUAUUUGGGAAGAAGAGAGUUUGUGCAAAGACUUAAAUUGGAAGCAACAUUAAACAUUCAUGAUGGUUGUGUAAACUCAAUUUCUUGGGGUAGUACAGGAGAAUACAUUUUAUCUGGUUCUGAUGAUACCACUUUGGUUAUCACUAACCCGUACAAUAAAAAAGUCCUGACAAGAAUUCGAUCAGGUCACAGAGCCAAUAUUUUUAGUGCAAAGUUCCUGCCUCUUACCAAUGACAAGCAGAUUAUAUCCUGCUCCGGAGAUGGAGUUAUAUUUUUUACAGAUAUUGAGAAAGAUGCAGACACAAACAGGCAAUGUCAAUUUACAUGUCAUUAUGGAACCGCAUAUGAGAUCAUGACAGUACCCAAUGAUCCCUACACAUUUUUGUCCUGUGGUGAAGAUGGAACGGUUAGAUGGUUUGAUACCAGGACGAAGACCAGCUGUACUAAAGAAGACUGCAAAGAUGAUAUUCUAAUAAACUGCAGACGAGCUGCUACCUCAAUUGCAAUUUGUCCAACGGCACCAUACUAUCUUGCAGUUGGAUGUUCGGACAGCUCAGUGAGAAUAUAUGAUCGCCGUAUGCUUGGAACUAGAGCAACGAACAAUUAUUCAAAUCGUGGAACUACAGGAAUGUGUGUCCGCUUUGUUCCCUCACAUCUUACCAACAAAUCCUGCAGAGUGACCUCUUUAUGCUAUAGUGAAGAUGGGCAAGAGGUUCUAGUGAGCUACUCCUCUGACUACAUUUACCUAUUUGAUCCUAAAAAUGACCAAGCAAAAGAGCUCAAAUUGCCAUCAUCUGAUCAGAAAAGGGAGGAGGUAAGGCAACCCCCUGUUAAGCGCCUAAGACUCCGAGGAGAUUGGUCUGAUACAGGUCCAAGGGCAAGACCUGAAAGUGAACGAGAAAGAGAUGGAGAUCAAAGCACCAAUGCAUCACUAAUGCAAAGAAUGUCUGACAUGCUCUCAAGGUGGUUUGAAGAGGCUAGUGAAGUUGCACAGAGCAGCAGAAGACGAAACAGACUGCAAAAUAGAGCAGGAACUUCACAGCCUAUUUCAUCAGCUUCACUGUCUACAAGCCAUACAGAGACCCAGGCAUCAGAAACUUUUCCAGAGGUGGCUGCCUCCUCAGAACAGCCAUCUUCCUCAUCAAAUGUUGAAGAAAGUCACUCAAUGACGUCUAUAGCUACUGAACAACUAGAAACUUUUGCUUCAUCAGAUGGAGGCUCCAACCCUGCUGAUUCACCUUCUGUGAUUAGCAAACAGCUCGGAUCCAUGUCACUUGAUGAACCACAGGAGAGAGCUAAAGUAACCUCAGAGAGAGAGAAAAAUGAGCCGGUACUGCAAUUACAUUAUAGCACUGAAGGAACAACAACAAGUACAAUAAAGCUGGACUUCACAGAUGAAUGGAGCAAUAGAUCUUCAAGUUCUGUAGCUGUGAAAGUCGGGAACAAUGAAAGUACUGCAACUACUGAACUGACACAACCAAGUGAAAUGGAAGACACAUCUGAAAGUACAGAGCAGCAUGUAGAGACAACAUGCAGUGACCCUGGAAUGGAACAAGAAAGCCCUGGAAAAUCCAACAGAAGCUCAAAUAAUGAAGGACUUCCAGAUACAUCUGUGACUGCAGCAACAUCUGUAAGCUCUACGCACCAGGAGACUGACAGUGAUGAUGACACUGUUCGAGUCCCAUCCAGAACCCAAUCACAAAAUAGAUUAAGUGUCGGAGGACCUUCAGUUAGUACUAGAUUAACAAGGAGAACUGCAGCAGCUCGUAUCCAGGAGCUCUUUAGAAGAAGAAAAGAAAGAAAAGAGCUAGAAGAGAUGGACAUGCAAAAUGUACAUCAGCCCUCCUCAAAAAUAGUGUACAAAGGUCACCGGAAUUCACGAACAAUGAUUAAAGAGGCUGCAUUUUGGGGCAAAAACUUUGUCAUGAGUGGAUCUGAUUGUGGUCACAUCUUCAUCUGGGAUCGGCAUACAGCAAAUCAUUUAAUGCUUUUAGAAGCUGAUAAUCAUGUGGUAAACUGUCUGCAGCCACACCCAUAUGACCCAAUUUUAGCAUCAUCUGGAAUAGACUACAAUAUUAAGAUAUGGUCUCCUCUUGAACAAGACAAAUGCUUUAACUGGAGACUUGCUGAAGAGGUGAUUUCACGGAAUGAGUUAAUGCUGGAAGAAACAAGAAACACUAUUACAGUCCCAGCAUCUUUCAUGCUAAGAAUGUUGGCUUCACUCAACCAUAUACGGGCAGAUCGAGGAGAAGACCGACCUGAAGGAGCCGGACAGGAUAACUCCAAUGAAGAUGAAUGAUUGUACUUCUCUUAUGAGGAUUUAAGCAUAUUGCAUUAUGUAAAAGCAAUUUAUUAUCAUUUUCCUAAAUGGAUUUGGCAAAUUUUAUUUUAUAAUAUGAAAGUUUUGUAUUGUGACUGAAUGAAGAGCCUACAAAAUAUUGCCAGCUUCUACUCAAGAUUGAAUAUAUAUAUAUAUCUAUAUAUAUAUCCUGAUAGGAAAAAUUGUUUGGGUGUGACAUGUAAAUAAACUCUGGUAACUUAUUGUUUUAAAUUUAAAAUGAAAAAAAAAAAACAUUUUUAAAUAUAGACACAUAAUAAACUUUGGCAUGGCUUUUGGUCAGUGGAAUUGACCUUAAUUCUAAACUAUAUCUUCAGUUAUUUACAUUCUUUGUUUUAAACAAGUUAACAUUUUGGAAUAUUGCUCUUUGAAACUGAAGCAAACCUAGUCAUUUGCACAGCCCAGACUGGUAUAGAAGUGUACCAAGUGCACCCUGAAGCUCUGUUUGUCUUUGUCUAAAGUCUGGAGCCUCCGCUUUUUCUAGGAGGUAUUUUGUUAUAAAUAUAGGACAAUAUAGAUGAAGUCUCUCAAACUUUGGAACAAUUUACAUGUUUAGGAUUAGCUAAAAUUUUGUAAAAUCUUUUAGAUAAACUGAAAUUGCUAUACAAGCAGGUGCUUGACAUUUAUCAUUAAGGUUCUGUUGGUGCACACGUAACAACCUUAAAUAAGUAAACUGCUUUGCUUAUGUCACUUUGUGUGAUUUUACACAAGAAUGUACACACGCACAUACCACAGAUAGGCACUGUUCAGAUAUUGUAUUAUACUGAUUUUCCAGUGGCUGAUAUGUUCCUGAUAGGCCCUUUAAAUAAAGCUAAUUAACUACAGGAUUUAUUGUAAAGCAGAAAUUGCUACCAGUCCAAACUCUGUUCAGAUGGUAUUUGUUUCAAUGCAUGACCCUCUAUACUUGCAACAAAUUGCAGGUUUAAUUUACUUAGCUAAUUAAGGUCUAAAUUUAGGUCCACUUUUGUAAGUCAUAGAUAAGCUGCAAUGCUUUCUGGUGUCGGCAAUUACAAUGAAAAAUUGAGAAAUAAUGCAAAAAUAACGAGAAACGUGGCAAAUUACAGAAGAACUUUUCACCCACUUUGUAAAUAAGCCCUCAUAUCCUCUAGCAAAAACUGGACUGAAAAAAAAUGGUAAAAAGUAAGAUGUCAAUACACCAGUGUUCAAAAUCCAUUUCAGUGUUUGGUUCCUUUAAGGUAGGUUACUGUAUACAUUAACUUCUGUAUUUGUGUAUUAGAAACAAUGAUGGCUAUAUAAUAUAUGCGACUCAAGUCUCCUGCAAAUUAUUCUUGCUAAUUACUGUGGUGUGACAUUUGAAAAUAUCCCAAGGAAGUGCUUUGCUUAACCUCAUUCAGUUCUUGAUGCUGCGUUAGAGUUCAGUGGGGAUUGGGUGCUUGUUUUGACCCAUGACCCAGCAACAAUGGUUUUAGAGAGGAACAUAGAAGGGUGAGCAAAAGUAUUUUGUCUGAGAAUAACCAUUUGUUAAAAGGUAGUGGUCAACAAAUACUUAUGCCCACAUAAUAUUCUGCUGUUUUAGCCUGGUCAUUGCAAAAGCCAACUUAGGCUCCAACAAAGUUAAUGUAAUCUAUCCUGCAUUUACAUGCACUUCUUGGUAGCUGAAGUACUGUAAGAGCAAAUAAUAGAGUUAGAUAAAUAAAUCUUUUUUAAAAACUGAUGUGUAUUAAAGGUGCAGUAUCUAAUAAACGACAUGUAAAACCCA